AUGGAGACCAGAGCUUUCUGGCUGCUGCUGCUGGUUGUGACCUUGGGGUCCUCGGGUUGGGCUGCUGAGUUUGUUGGACUGUCGGAACACCUAUGCACGGUCCCCGCCAAGGACAGGGUGGACUGCGGCUACCCCCGGGUCACCAAGCAGGAGUGCAACAACCGGGGCUGCUGCUUUGACAACAGCAUACGGAAUGUUCCCUGGUGCUUCAAGCCUCUACAGGAGACAGAAUGCACGUUCUGAAGCUUGCCUGCUGUCGCCUUGCAAGGGGCCCCAGCUCCAGAGGCUGAGAGUCCCACCCCUGCCUCUGGCCAGCAUGCUGCUGAGUUGGAUUAAUGG